AUGGCGAUCCAGAAGAAGCACGGCAAAGGUCGUUUGGAUAAAUGGUAUAAACUCGCGAAAGAAAAGGGUUAUCGAGCUCGUGCUGCAUUCAAGUUAAUCCAGCUUAACAAAAAAUACGGCUUUCUUGAAAAGAGCAAAGUUCUUCUCGAUCUUUGUGCGGCUCCGGGAUCAUGGUGUCAAGUCGCCGCAGAAUGUAUGCCAGCCGGCAGUCUUAUUGUCGGUGUCGAUCUCGCUCCAAUUAAGCCUAUUCCCCGAGUCAUCAGUUUCCAAAGCGACAUCACCACGGAUAAAUGUCGUUCGACCCUUCGAUCUCACGUCAAGCAUUUGAAAGCAGAUACAGUUCUCCACGAUGGUGCGCCUAAUGUCGGUACAGCUUGGGUACAGGAUGCUUUCACUCAAGCCGAAUUGGUGUUGCAAUCCAUGAAGUUGGCGACCGAGUUCUUGAGAGAAGGAGGAACCUUCGUCACCAAAGUCUUCCGUUCCAAAGACUACAACCCUCUGCUGUGGGUCUUCAAACAGCUCUUCACAUCGGUCGAAGCCACCAAACCCCCGUCAUCCCGAAAUGUGUCAGCCGAGAUCUUCGUCGUUUGCCGUGGCUAUAAGGCGCCGAAACGUCUAGACCCAAAAUUCUUGGAUCCUCGACACGUGUUUGCUGAAUUGGCCGAUCCAACCCCCAACAAUGAAGCCAAGGUUUUUGAGCCCGAGAAGAAGAAGCGUAAGAGAGAAGGUUACGAAGAAGGUGACUAUACUCAACAUAAAGAAAUCUCGGUAACGGAAUUCAUCAACACUACCGAUCCGAUUGCCAUUCUUGGUACUUAUCAUACGCUGAGUUUCCAGCAAUCUCCUACUGGGGAUUUGGCUUUGGCUACUCUUGAAAGACUCGAGGAGACUACAGAUGAGAUUCGAAAAUGCUGCGAGGAUCUUCGAGUACUUGGUAAGAAAGAAUUUCGAAGCCUGUUGAAAUGGCGACUGAAAGUCCGAGAGAAGUUUGGUCUUGUUGUCAAGAAAAAGAAAACCCAGGAAGAGGCUGAGGAAGUCGCCGAGGUUGCACCUAUGGAUGAAGAAUUGGCCAUUCAAGAAGAGCUUCAACGUCUGCGCGACAGUGAAAAUUCGCAAAGGAAGAAAGAGAGACGCAAGGAGAAUGAGAGGAAACGGAAAGAAAUUGUACGAAUGCAGAUGCAUAUGAUCACGCCUACGGAUAUUGGAAUGGAACAAGCCGGUAUUGAUGGGCAAAGUACUAUGUUCGCGAUGAAAGCUGUAAAUCGCGAGAACGCUGCGGACAAAAUCGCCUCGGGAAAGAUGGCCGAUUUGGAGAGCGAGGGGGAAUCGGAAGCGUCCUCCGGUGAGGAAGAAACCGACGACGAGGAGGAUCAACUUGAACGAGAGCUCGAUUCACUAUACGAGACCUACCAGGAACAAAAGCAAGACCGCGACUCCAAAUUGCGUGCAAAGAAAGCACGUAAGGAUUACGAAGCAGAGGAGUGGGAAGGCUUUUCUGGCAGUGACAAAGAGGAGGGCUCGGAUGUCGAAGACGAUGACAUGUCUCUUUCAUCUACGAAGUUACCUCAGUCGGCCAAUCUGUCAAAGCAGGCAUCUUUGUUCUUUGACCAGGACGUAUUUGAAGGUUUAGAGGAUAUUGACGAGCUUGAUGACGAAGACAGCGCUAUUGAUAUGGAAGAUCGGCCAGCACGUCAGUCCACCAAGGAAGUUGCCGCCAAAUCAAAGGCUGAGCCAUCGACUAGCGAAGACCAAGAGGUAGAUGGUUGGGGUUCUUCGGAUGAGGAAAUAGAGAAGCCAGAUGAUCCUCGGACAAAGGAUGGUCGAUUAGAUAUCGAUAUUAUUACUGCAGAGGCAAUGGCUCUUGCGCAACAAAUAGCUACAGGCGAAAAGACUGCCCAGGAUAUGACAGAUGAUGGAUUCAAUAAAUUCACCUUCCGGGAUAAAGACGGCUUGCCCGAAUGGUUCUUAGACGACGAGGGAAAACAUAGCCGUCCCCAACGACCAGUCACAAAAGCUGCAGCGGCAGCCAUCAAAGAGAAGCUGCGAGCGAUCAAUGCCCGACCUAUCAAGAAGGUUCGCGAAGCCAAGGCACGAAAGAAGUUCAAGGUUGCCCAGCGACUGGAGAAGCUGCGCAAGAAGUCUGCUCUACUUGCCGAGGAUGAGGGUGUUAGCGAGAAGGACAAAGCACAAGCUAUUGCUAAGCUCAUGAGCAAGGCAGCCAAGAAGAAGCCCAAGCAGCAAGUCAAGCUGGUUGUUGCGAAGGGUGCCAAUAGGGGUAUCUCUGGUCGUCCCCGUGGUGUCAAGGGCAAGUAUAAGAUUGUGGACUCGCGUAUGAAGAAGGAUAUCCGGGCACAGAAGCGGGUGGCCAAGGCGCAGAAGGGGCGUUAA